ACAUCCAACGGUUCAUGUGACAAAUUAAAAGAGUUCUCACACCAUCGACACGUGCCGUCUCUUAUUUCUAUAUAUACACAUACACCCUCAUUAUUUUUCAUUUCGAAUUUGGGUUUCUUCCUUUGAUCUGUGUUUCUCAUUUCUUUCGGAGCUCUCAUCAUCAUUAGGGUUUUCGAAUCGAGAGAAAAAAAAAAAAAUUAAAUCGAUCAUGGCGUUGGAGAAGGCUAAAGAGAUCGUGGCUUCUAAUCCCGUCACCGUCUUCAGCAAGAGUUACUGCCCAUUCUGCGUCCAGGUGAAGAGAUUGUUGACUAAACUAGGAGUCAGUUUCAAGGCUAUUGAAUUGGAUACUGAGAGUGAUGGAAGGGAGGUACAAGCAGCACUUGCUCAGUUUACUGGGCAACGGACCGUGCCCAAUGUUUUCAUAGGUGGGAAGCACAUUGGUGGCUGUGAUGAUACGAUGGCACUGAACAGCAGCGGAAGAUUGGUUCCUCUGUUGGCUGAAGCAGGAGCAAUUGCCAAAGUUGCUGCUUAGAGAAGGAGUGUGAGUAUGUUAUUACUUUGGGUACAUAUAGAUGAAUAAUAAACCUACCUUUCUACUUGUGCUUUUCUUGCUCUGUUGUUGGCAUUUCUAAUGAAAAAAAAGUGUUUCCAUAGUGGAUUGUAGAAAUAACUGGAAGGAAUCUAUGCUUCCUUUGCAUCUAAUGAUAUAUUUUUGGGGUUUCCUACACUCUAA